GGUGGCAUUCCCAGUCCACGCCUGGGAGCACCGGUGACUUGGGACGACCCCGAGGCUGCACUGGGAGCGCCCCAGGCCUUACUGGUUUAUACUGGUUUAUACUGGUUUUUACUGGUUUUUACUGGGAGCGACCCUCAGGGGCUCCCAGUGCCAAACUGGUUUAUACUGGUGGCAUUCCCAGUCCACGCCUGGGAGCACCGGCGGGCGCUGGUGGCCCGGGAAGAUCCCGAUUCCGAACUGGCCUUCGCCGGAGACCUCCUGAGCCGCGACUUCUCCAACUUCUCGGCCUGGCACCACCGCCUGCGGCUCCUGAUGCCCGCCGGGAAGCCGAUGCCCCCCGACAGGCUGAAGGCGGAGCUGGAGCUGGUGCAGAACGCCGUCUUCACCGACCCCACCGACCAGAGUGCCUGGGUCUACCUGCGCUGCAUCCUCUCCCGAGCCACCCCCCCGCCGAGGAUCAUCUGUGUGUACGUCGACCGAGAGGACGCCACGUUGGCCGUCGUCUUCUCCCGCCCUGUCGUGGUGAGCCCGGAUCGCCCGGACCUGAGAGCGACCCUGGAUGGCUCCGCCCUGGAAGGGGCGUGGCGCUCAGGGGAAGGGCGGCCACGCCCCAGCCACACCUGGCUCCUGGACCUGCCCCGACCCGCAGAGGCCCCGCCCACCGAGCGGCCACGCCUCCAGCUGGGCGUCACCUGGGAGCCCGACUCCGCCCACCGCCAGGUGAUGCUGCUGCCAGACGAGGACGAGGCCUGGUGGCAGGAGCCAAUCGCGGCCCGGGAGCUGUUUUGGCCCGAGGUGGGCGUGGCCAACCCCCAGGUGCUGUGGGAACAGGUGGAGACCUGCCGGGAACUGCUGGAAUUGGAGCCGCGGAGCCGAGGCUGCCUCCUCACCCUAUCACUGCUGCUGUCGGCGCUGGACCCCCUUGGCCACGCCCACGAGGCCCGGAAGCACCUGGAGAACCUCAAGGAGGCCGACCCGCUGCGAUUGGGCUUCGCGGCCGACGCGGCCUCGCGAUUGGAGGCGGCGCUGGGGGUGCUGGGAUUGGGGGCGGGGCCGGGGCCGGUGUGGCUCCGCCUCCCCGAGAAGGCAAUGACGUCACUUCCUCUCCCGGAGCGGAUGGUCCUGGUGACCCACCUGGAUCUUUCCGGAAACCUCCUGAGGACCCUCCCCCCAAAUUUGGGGGCCCUGCGGCGCCUCCAGGAACUGGACCUGUCCCGGAACCGGAUGUCGGAUCUGGGGGGGUUCCCGCCCCUCCCCCGCCUGGAGCGGCUGCGGCUCCACGGGAACCCCAUCGGCCACGCCCCCGCCCUCGCCCCAUUGGCCGCCUGCCCCCGCCUGGCUCACCUGGGAUUGGCCGAGACCCCCCUGAGCUCCGCCCCCGAGGGCCCCGCCCAGCUGGCCCAGCUCCUCCCCCUCGUCGACGUCGCCUGGACCUGAUUGGCUGCUGGGACGGAGGCCACGCCCACCCGCAUGUUGCUGCCGGCCACGCCCCCUUUGGGGCUUGGCCCCGCCCCCCUGAGGGGCGUGUCUAAUAAAGUGAUGUC